AUGAACCUGACAGAGUUUUACCAGUCUGAUCGCUGUGAGCAUUUCUCCUGUCCAGAGGGAUCUGUAUCUCCUGCAGUUUAUAUCUUACUGUAUGUGUGUUCAGCUGCUGUGGUUCUGCUAACAGUGUGUGGAAAUCUGCUCGUCAUCAUCUCUGUUUUUCACUUUAAGCAGCUUCACACACCGACUAACAUGCUCGUGCUCUCUCUUGCAGUGUCAGAUUUCCUUGUUGGUGUUUUUGCAAUGCCACUGUUGUUAAGCUGGACACUCGAGUCAUGCUGGAUAAGUGGGAGAGUGUUCUGCAUCUGUUUUUUGUUAAUUGGUGGUUUUCUUACAAUUCUGUCCAUCUGUACUAUUGCUCUGAUUGCUGUAGAUCGUUAUUUGGCUCUUUCAAACCCAUUCUUCUACACAAGCAUGAUUUCUAGGAGGACUAUGUGCAUUGUGAUUUAUUUUAACUGGUCUGUGUGUCUGGUGUAUAACACAGCAUUUCAUUAUUUCAAUGGAAGCUUCACAGGUUCUGUAAUGUGUCCUGGAGAAUGUUUACUCUCUGUGAAUGAGGUUUGGUAUGUAAUUGACCAUGUAUUUUUCUUCAUAUUUCCACUUUCUAUCAUAAUCAUAUUGUAUACUCUAGUUUUUGUGAUUGUUAAGAAACAUGCCACUGCUAUCAGAGAACUUAAUAAUCACACACGGACUAAAACACAGAAAAUAAGCUCACACUUAAUGAAAUCUGAGAGAAAAGCAGCUAAAGUCCUCGGCAUUUUAGUAUCUGUGUUUCUGGUGUGUUUACUUCCAUAUUUUAUUUAUAGUUUAUUAGGUGGUGUCAUUAAGCUACAGACAGAAACUCUUCAUAAAUUAAUUAUUAUAAUUUAUCUUAAUUCCACCUUUAAUCCAUUUAUUUAUGCUUUGUUUUACCCAUGGUUUAGGAAGUGCAUUAAAUUAAUUAUAACUCUGCAAAUAUUUCAAACAGACUCUGCAUUAAUCAAUGUGCUUUCAUGA